AUGUCAAGACCAUUUCUCACGACUUUCGACGAAACACGUUCUCCAAUGACUUCACCACCACCCAUCGGAACACCUUCAGCUCCCCUUCUUGCUCCAGCUUUCAAAACGAACCUUAACCGCGCAAAAUCAAAACGUUGGGUAGAGGCGAAAACUGUUGACUACGGUGGUGGGGGUUGGGGAGAUGAUGAAGACUUCGAUGAGUACGACGACUACGAAGAUGAUGGGUACGAACCAUCCUCAGGUGGUCAGGGAUACUCUCAACAGGGUGCCUCAUAUGGGAGGAAAGAGGACGUACCGCCAAUUCCAAAGCCAGUCAUAAAGCUCUCGGAUCUAGGUAGACCGGCAAAUGGAGGUUCAGUUCCGAGGGUAGAGACACAAUCUCCGGAUCUGGGAAUACCUUUACCGCCGACACCAUUAGAGAUGGAGCAGCAAGAGCAGGCUUCGCGGAAGAGCGCCUUUCCAUUUUAUAAUAGUCCGCAACAUUCUCCGGGUGGGAUACUUCAAUCUUUCUUACCUCAAAUCAUGACUUCUCGUUCGUCAAGCCCUGCUAGGGGUAUUCAAAGGGCCCAGACAAUGGGGGUGGAUAAACCACUUCCAAUGUAUAGCCCAUCAUCUCCACCUCCUCCUCCUGCGAAGGAUCAAUACCUUCCGCCGAGGGAAUAUUACUCUCCGAACUCUGCAUCCAGGUCAUCAUCACCUGGGAGGGACUCAUCACCGCAGCCAUUCGGGGUGGGGUACGGGUACUCUUCGAUAGGGCCAGGCACGGGCCAAAAACCACAAGGCUCGCUUUCCACAGUAGAUAAUAGCCCAGAUAGUCCGAAUAGACCAAUGCCACUUCCCAAGGAUAGCCCAGGUAGUGAUAAACAACUUCCACCUUGGCAAAAUUCGCCUCCUGCUCAAUCAGACUCGACAUCACCUACUUCACCCCCACUUCCGCCCCCGCUCCCGCCAAAAAAUGACCCGCAACAGAGUGAACAGUCUCAUGUGCGCUAUAGUUCACCUGCCAAUGUGGAGCAUUCUCAAUUCCCACUGCAGGGUAUCAAAAGGGCAGAAACUACACCACUUAGAUCAAGUUGGGGAUCAGCACCACAAGGCUCACCUGCCCAGAAACAUUCAAUUCCUCGACGUCCUACGAAUAAGAGCAAGAACUUAACAACUUUGGGAAGCAAUGAUCAAUCUGGAAGUAACAGAAGCUCUCAAGGGUCACAACUACAAUAUUCCCUACAACAAAGGCGCGAUCAGCCCGGAAGUCCCCAAAGUUCACAAGGACGACAAUCACCCGAGUUUAUACGUGACCAACAGUCAAGUCCAAUGCAAUCACCCGAAAAAAGAUGUGAUCAGACUGGAAGUGAUAUUAGCUCCAAAGCUCAUUACCCCCCGCCUACUCAAGGGGUCGAUUAUGUAGACCAAGAGUACUAUUCUGCUCCAAAUCCCCAACAAUCGCAGCCUCAAAGUGCAUCACCUUCUCAGGAAAUUUCAUAUGCAGACGAAGAGUACUAUUCACAUCCAAAUCAGAAGCAGUAUCACCAAUCCCCACAGCCGCAGUCUGAGCCCAUAAUAGCGGUUAACUCUAUCCUUCCACCCCCUGCUCACCCAUCUUCACCCCCUCCUGCUCCUCCCCCUCUGCCAGCUCCCGAGUCACCAAGUAGGCUUAUCCGCCCAUCAGAAAUAUACGCUCGCAUCGGCGAGGAACGAGAAAAGGAGCGCAGGGCUAGUGAUGCAGAUAGCAGAUCCAAAUAUAUGGCCGGCCGCAAUAGUAUAGAUUCUACAGCCAGUGGCGGUGUCCCCAUAAUGCAUAAUGCCAACCUUAGUGUCGAUUCACAACGCGGUCACCUCUCCUUGGACCCCCAACAGGCCUGGAGCAGAGGCGGCGAUCGUAUGCCUGAGCUCCGAGAGAGCAGUGGGAGCCGGCCUAGCAGUCGCCAGGAGUCUAUUAGGAGAAUAAGUCGUUCUGGAAGUCGCACUCAUAGCAGAUCUAGUAGUCGUGCUGAGGGUUCUCGGCCUAGCUCUCGGCAGGAGAUGGCUAGGAGUCCCAGUCCUUUCCCACCACCUACUAGUGCAUUGCCGCCCAUCCCGUUAACAACAGUUCCAGCAAGUCCUAUUCUUGAUAGGAUAAUCGAUGCACCGGCCGUGGAGCAUGAAAAAAGGCAGAACGAGCAGCAGGAGAAGAGGGUGUCAACUUGGGAUGAUGGUAUCAUUUCCAGCUAUGGUGGCUCUGAAGAUAUUGACGUAGAACACCAGGAUAACCAAAUUCAGCCAUUCGACCCUUCAAGCUUCGGCAUUAUCCACGAGUCUCUACAGACACAGUUCAACACCCGAGUCGAGUCUGACCUCGAAAGAAGUCCCAGCGGCGGUUUCAAGUCUAUGGUCAGCAGCGCCUUCCAAAGGCAAGACACACAUAAUCACCCCACGCCAGCCACGCCGAUCUCUCCAAUCCCCUCCGAUGAUGACAACCUAGUCGCCCCCCGCGGUGGCAGCAUCGACGAUACCAUCUCUCCUAUCCUCCCACGUGGACCUGCUAAUUUCGCUGCCAUUCAACGCACAAACACUACCCCUCUGCCUUCGACAUCACUUUCUCCUCCACCUCAACACAUGUUGGAGAGAAGUAAUACAGAGAGAAAAUCAAAAGAUGAGUCUCAUACCACGAGGACUCCGUUCAGGAAAUCAAUGGGUGCAGAGAGGAGUGUGCCAAUUAUUGUGCCAAUGUUAGAUACACAGGGUUCGAGAGGCGAGAUUGCAGAGGUGACUCCAGAUACACCGGCAUUGGGUAAAAGGAGAGAUGGACCACCGGUUUGGGUUUCAUCUCCCCAGGGCGAGGACAGCGAGAAAGCCGGGGCCAUGGAGCGAAAAGAUACGGUCGAGAGCCAGGAAAGUCAAGAGAGCCGGGAUAGUCAAGAGAGCCAGAGUGCCAAAGGUAAUAGAAGUCCAGAAAAAGAUUAUCUAGACACAUUCCUUGGCGAAUUGGAACGUGCACAAUCCCCUGCGCCGGAAGAUACACCGUCGGUUGAUACACCGCCGAGGCAACAGCAAAUUUACGACCCUUCCACAUUUGAAGCCACAGGCCAAUCUCAAUUUCGGCAACAGCAACAACAUAGAAAACAACAGCCAUUUGGGCCGGAUAGCUUUGGAGUUGACCAGAAUCCAGAGUAUCAGAAACAAGGGCAACAUGAGGGUUGGCAGCAGCAGCAAUUAUAUGCAGGGGAGGAAGAGGAGCAGGCGCAUCGACAGGAAAUAUAUGAGGGAGGGCAACGGCAGCAGAGACAUCCUGAACCCGGCAGCCUUGGACAGCAACAACAGGUGCCACCUUCUCCGCCGUCGCCACCACCGCCGCUGCCAUUUGAUCCGUCAAGCUUCGGCGCUGUACAUAUAGCUCAAGAGCAGCACCCACACGAACAUCAGCAGCCCUUUGAUCCGUCGAGUCUUAGCUUUACCAACCAGCAAGGGGUUCCACCACCGCCGCCACCGCCACCACCGCCGCCACCUCAUCACUCACCAUCACAGCAGCAGCAGCAGCAGUACACACAGCAGCAGUACGAGCAACGACAAUAUGAACAGCAGCAGUAUGAGCAGCAGCAGUAUGAGCAGCAGCAGUACGAGCAGCAGCAGUACGAGCAGCAGCAGUACGAGCAGCAGCAGUACGAACAGCAUCAGUACCAACGGCCUCAGCAAUCUCAGUAUGAACAGCACCAACAACCCUACUGGGAACAGCCCCAUCCGCAUCCAAACAGCCACGGCACCAAUAGAGAGAGCGUUGGGGUCUUGGGCCUCUACGAUAGUUACUGGACCCAGGAAGAGACUCAAUCUCUUCCACCCCCGCCCCCGGUAAAGAAUCCGAGAAGACCAAGUGCGCCGGAUCUCCAACUGCUCUCGGCUAUGUCAGCUUCCUCAAAUCGGGACUCGGUAUCUGACCUUCCUCCUCUUCCGCUUCCAAAGGGUGGCCCUACCACAGUGAGGAUUUUACCUACACCUGUCUCGAUCCCAGAUGUGUCUGUCCCAGUAGAGAGACCUGAAUCGACUCCAGCCAGUGCAUCGGAGAUGCCAGAUAGUGAAUUGUUGGAGAUGAUGAUUGCAAGGAGGCAGUUUUUGGCCAGAACGCAGACCGGAAUUUCGGGAGCCGAUGAGAAGGAAGGAAAGGAGAAGGAGGGAAAGGAGGAGGGAAAGGAGAAGGAGGGAAAGGGGAAGGGGAAGGCCAACAAGGAAGUGGAAGACAGUGUAGAGGCACAAGUGGAUGAGAAGGAAAAGGAGGUUGAGGGGAAGAAACCAGUGGAAGGCGAUAAAACUGAUGUUGAAGAUGAGGACGAUCAUGACAUGUUGAUCGUACAUGGCCAUCGAGUGGUUAAUGAUAACUCAAUGAACGAUCCACAGUCAGUUAUCGAGGUACCGCUACAAAGAGAAGGGACCCCUGAGAUUAGAAUAAACUCUCCAGUUGAAGGACUUGAGGUCAUCCCACAAACGCGCAUCCUUGGCCCUGAAAGCGAGGGUAUCGAAGCUAUCACAGGACCCGUCAUUCAACCGCCGAAAAAAGAAGAGGACGGGGAUGGCGAAAAGACGCCUAUGCAGAGUGAUUACGCCAGAGAACUUUUAAACCAGUUUUCCAGGCCCCAGACGUUGAUGCUGAAAGAAACCAUGCCAAUGCCUUCUGGAGUCCUGGUAAUGCCGCCUAUGCCACCCAAGGAAGAGGGCGAGGAGGAGGUUCCCGACGUGGUCGACUUUAGUGAGAAGGACGAGGAUGAGGAUACCGAGAUUACUAAAGAAGGACUUACAGUAAAGGAACCUAGCAAUGCUGGAUCCGUGGAUGUAGGAAGGAUAAGACAAUAUAUGGACCCACGUGAUGCUGCUCGUCUUCCUAAUUCUGAUGAUCGGGUUGCGGCCUAUAACCAGGCUCGAAAAAUAAUUGGAGAGACGCCUACUGGCUUGAAUAAUUGGAUCAAGUACAUGCUAGAGGAGAACGGGGGCGCGCAGACGUUAAUGCUUGGAGCAGAAUCACAAUCAAGGCCUCAGACCUCAAACGGAAGAGUUCAACAGCAACCGCAACAGCAGCAGCAGCAGCAGCAGCAGCAGCAGCAGCACUUUACGCCGAUGGCUAAGCAGCCAAGUGCUGAAUCAGAUCAUCACUCGGUUCCAUCUGGAGACUCCCCAAUCUCUCAAGUACCUUCAGCAACUGGCUCAAGGCCUAGUCAGACGAAUAUCAACGGCAACGGUGGACAUAGUGCAGGUGGACAUAGUACAACCCCAACACCCAGCAUCGUAACCGGUGGUUCUGGUGGAUCAGGUAUGAUGCAUGCGCCCAUGGAUAAAGCUGUAGACAAGGCAAAGGGCUUUUUAAGUAGAUUUGGUGGAAAAAAGGGUAAGGACACUAAGGAUUCGAAUCCAUCUACAUCGCCAAACCCCUUAUUUUCUCAGCCAGCGUUUCAACAUGCACAACAACAGCAGCAAGGGCCGUCUGCUGGAUUUCAGGGGCACCAGAGGCAAGUUUCGCAGCAGCUCCCGCAGCAACAACAACGGCCCCAUGGACAGCCCUCUUCUCCCCCCCUCCUCCUCCGUCGGCGCAACCUCCGCAGGUUAAUCAAGCUCAAAAUGAUCUUGCGCAGUUGGUUCAACGGGGGCAAAAUUUGCAGGCUCAAUCUACACCCCAGCCUCCUAUGCUUCAACCAGCAGGUCCGCCGCCCAGGACGUCAGGAUACCCACCAGGGCAGCCGCCGCUACAACCGGUUCAAUUAUCUCCCAGCAACGCUCAGUGUCCGGGUCCGGUCCAUUUCCCCAUCAAUCAUCUCAGCAAGCGCCUCAGCAGAAACAAACACCUCCUCCCCCUCCCCAGAGCAUGCUAGAUCAUCUCCUCAUUCUCAUGGCACGGAGGACAAGAUAUCAGAGCAUAGUAGUACCCCACCACCGCCACCUGCUACCCAGGGUAUGCUACCGCAGCAAACUCAAACCUUCCCUAAGAGAUCUGAUAGCCUGUACUCCCAGGAGCAGUUUCAGGAUUCGCGAACAUCUUCACCUAUGACCUCACAGAGGCUUGAUAGGAGUGAUUCUCUCUCUUCAACAAAGGAGAUGCACCAAAGGAAUAUGAGCACAAUCUCCCCAUUAUCUGCACACCCACAUAAGGCUCAAGGGGCAUUCCAAUCUAUCCCGCAAAAGCCUUCACCACCGGCAGAAAGCCGUUAUGCAGGGGAAAGACGUGGGCAAAAUGCUUUUGCUCCUCGCGAUGACGACCCUGAAGAAAAACCUGAGGAGCCUAGGCCCCCACAGACGCAGCAGCAACCGGCACAGAUCACUGGUCCUAUUUCGGGUGGUGUGCCAGCUAUCACUUCAGAGCCCCGACUGGGUGCCAAGCAAACGCCGCAGAUGAACUAUAUGGAGUCCCAUCCAGGACCUUAUAUGGGCAAUGAGCAACAAAAAGGAUUCAUGUCAAACCAGAUGACCGGAGCCCUGCCGCAGCUCAGUAGGCAGGAAUCUAAUGACGACGAUUUCUAUUCUAUGCCUCCACCGCCCCCAAAGAUACAAACGCAACAACCAUCACCACCAAGAGUAGUCACUGGGGGUGGGUUGUACUCCGAGCAACAACAGCAGUAUCAGCAAGGCUACCAUGUCGGGCUUCCGCAAGCAGGUCAGGGUGGUUUCCCGCAAAACCCGGCAGGAUUUGCGGUGGAUCAUACUCGACCAAGGCAGCCUUCUGGUGCUGGGCAGCCGGGUCUUGGAUCUCCGCAGGUCGGGUCACCCGCCCCUCAACUAGGCCCACUAGGACCUCAAGGCCAGUACAUGACGCCCCAGGGCCAAUUCGUCGGCACUCAAUUUGCUCCAGGGGAUCCUCGGGACCCUCGUGGUCAAUUUAAAGGGGGCCCCCAGUUCCAUCAUGGGCCACCAUUUCACCCUGGACAGCCUAUUUCGAUUGGACAGCAGCCAGAGGCUCCGGGAGUUAGACGUACAUCAUCUGGCUUAAUGAAGACUCUCAGUGGUGUUAGUGGCAAACAGCGACCAUCUACAGAUUCGAACCUUCAGCCCCCAAACAGUGCGGGCUCACAUUAUGAGGGAUCGACUACUAGCUCACAGGAAAAGAAACGAUCGAGCUUCUUUGGCAACCUGAAAACCAAGAUGGACGAAAGCGUGAAAUCCCCCCAACAGGUACAAAAUGUAAUUCCUAAAACAAUCAGCGAGGAAAUAAAGCAAGAAGGCGAAAGAAGGUCGUCGUCAUUCAUGAAGGGUAGGAAGAAGGAUAAAGGUGAAGGAUCGGGAAGCUCGAAGGAAAAAAAGGAGAAAAAGGAGAAAAAGAGCCACAAGAAAGUUUUUUCAAUGGACGUGUUUGGAAGAACGGGAUCGAUGCUUGGUAAAUUGACAAAGUCACCAUCGCCAACGCCGUCUCAGGCCUCCGCACACAAACCGCCACCGCCACAACAGCAACAGCAACAGCAACAGUUCCAGACACGACAGGUGCAGCCACAACAUCAACCUCAGCAACCACAGCCGCAACCACAGCACCUGCAGCAGCGCUCUAGUGGGCAGGGAAAUUACAACCCAUGGAAUGGAAACUCUCCUAUACCACAGCAACAAGGUGUCUAUGUCGAAAACCUAAAUGCGCAGCAGUCCCCGCGCCUUGCUCAAGGACGGGGAAGCCCAUUGGCAGGUUCUGCUGCGGCACCUCAUCCACUUCAGCAGCAGGUACAACAGCAACCACAACCACCUGCCCUCCCACCCUCAGCGACUCAUGCUCCCCCUCUACAGCAAGGACAGCCGCAAUAUGCUCCUGUUCCUAUUCCACAGGGCUAUGCACGCCCUCAGGGCGAAUACGCAUAUCAACAACAACAACAAGAAGAACAGCACCUGCAGCAAGCUCAAGGGCAUAGACAAGAGUUUACAAAUAUAGACCCGAGGAUUGGUCAAUCACCAUCUAUCAAUAUAUCGCCGUCUAUUAAUAGGAACCCCUCGCAAGUUUCUUCGCAAAUCUCGGAUAUUCGAACUUCAGACAGUCGGAACAUAAGCCCGAAUUUGUCGCGAGCAGGAACACAAGCUUCGCGGACAUAUGAAACGACUCGUUCUCUGAGCCCGAAUUCUGAAGUAGGCACACAAUAUGGACGACGACCCUCUGUGCGGGAGGGGGAUAUCACAGAGCACCCGAGUUCUACCCAGCCCUCGAUUAAGGAAGGAGAAGUGCAAAACGACAGUCAACGGUACCAGCAGCCGUUGCCGCUUCCACAAUCGGUUGCCCAAGUCAAGAAUAGCGGUAACGACCACGAGAUAUCGCCGCGUAGCACACCACUACCGGUCUCUCCUCCACCCAUCAAUACUCCCUUUGGUCCUCCUCCAAUCCAAAUAGAAGAGAGAUCACGAACCGUUUCGCCGACUCCACCGCCUCAUCCUCCUAAGAUUAUUGAGAAUAAGCUGCUCGAAACAGAGAAAAAGUCACCCUAUGAUGCUGGGCCCUCAAGGCAACCGGGUGGUGCAACUGGUUCAAGUGACCUGUCUCCCGCCGUUGCGGGGGCAUCCCACGCUUCUGCAAAUGAGAGAACGCCAACUCUAGCACAUAAGGAGACAGAGGAGGAGGAGUAUGAUUUCUCGACAGAGAAGAUUGCCGUCAACUUAGAUUUACACGGUGAGACAAGUAAACCAUUCAAGAGGGUGGGGACAGACGAUGAAGAGGAAUACACUAUGAGUGCUACGGCCUAUCCGGGGCAGGCGUGGGAUCCAAGUUACUAUGGGUGGAAUUAG